UUUUUUUUAGCAUUACAUAGCUAAUUAUACAAGAACACUUGCUUGAAUACAAAUGUGAAAAAAUUGAACUAUGGGUUUAUGUCUUCUAUUUUAAUGGCAUUAUGAGUGAAGUGCGGGGGGUAGGACCAUAUACACUUCAACAUGUUCUUGGUAAAGGUCAAACAGGUGUGGUCAGACUUGGCAUUCAUAGUGUAACUCAAAAACGAGUUGCUAUAAAGAUAGUUGACAAGAACAAGAUUCCACCCAAUGUUUUGGCAAAGGUCGAAAGAGAAAUUACCAUUAUGAAGUUAAUUGAACAUUAUAAUGUUCUUCAUUUAACUGAUGUUUAUGAAAGCAAAAAAAGUUUAUUUUUGGUCUUGGAAUAUGUUGGUGGAGGAGAGUUAUUUGAUUAUCUAGUUAAGAGGGGGCGCUUACAACUUAAUGAAGCUCAAAGAUUUUUCUGUCAAAUUGUUUCAGCUGUUUCAUUCUGUCAUGAACACUUAAUAUGUCAUCGCGAUUUAAAACCUGAAAACCUUCUUCUUGAUGAUCAAAAUAACAUUAAAAUUGCAGACUUUGGAAUGGCUUCUGUACAAGUUGAAAAUAAUAUGCUUGAGACAAGCUGUGGCUCACCUCAUUACGCUUGCCCAGAAGUUGUGCGGGGCAUACCAUAUGAUGGUCGUAAGGCUGACACUUGGAGUUGUGGUGUUAUAUUAUAUGCACUAGUUGUGGGUUGCUUACCAUUUGAUGAUGAUAACUUGAGAGUUUUGCUAGAAAAGGUAAAGAGUGGUGUAUUUUCAGUCCCAUUGUUUGUUCCAGCAGAAUGCGCUGAUCUUCUUCACAAGAUGAUUAAAGUCAAUCCAGAGCAAAGAUAUUCUUUGAGUGAAGUCAAGAAACAUCCUUUUUAUACAAUGUACACAAGUUCACAUCCACCUGAGUAUCCAUUGAGUCCAGUUGUUGAGAUUAAGGAUGUGGCUUGUAGAGAAGAUUUUGAUGAAGAUGUUAUUCGAAGUAUGUCAUCACUAGGUUGCUUUAAAGAUAAAGAGAAAUUGGUUGCAAAUUUGUUAAAAAAAGAGAAAAAUACAGAGAAAGUAAUAUACUUUCUGCUGUUGGAUAGAAAAAUGCGCAAACCUUCGAAACAUGAUGAUGAAGACUCUGUGAUAUUUCAUUAUUCAGCAGAUGCACCAAAAAAGAGAGUGGAUUCCCCUAUGGGUUUUUUAAAUGGGGUAAAACCAUCUUUAAACAACAAUGAAAAGUAUCAAUUGAAUCGAACUCGUGCAGAUACUACCAGAGAAACACACAUAGUUCAACAACGAGCAAGAGCGUCUACUGAACUCGGACAAUUAGAAAGACAACGUCCAGCAUCAAUUGUGAUGUCACCAAUUAAUUUGCAGAGAAAAAAUAUUUACACCCUGACCAAGAAUUUGUUUAGCAAACAUAAUGAUCAUUUGGAUGAAAAACCUUCUUUAAAUGAAAAUGUGAAAAAGUCGUGGUUUUUGGGCUCUUUAUUUCAUGUUGAUACAGGUGACAUUGAGAUUCACAAAAUUAAAUUUGUUGAUCGAUCAUUUGCUCAAGUUAAAGCUGAUCUUAUUCAUUCGAUUCUACUUAUGCCGAAAGCAAUGCAUACGCCAUUAUCAAAUACUCAAUUUAAACUAGAGUAUAAAAGAAAGAAAGGUAAAUCGUGGCUUCGAGUAGCCUCUCAUCAUUCAAUUACUGCACUUGAUAUAAAAAUAUCUAAAAAAGAAAUUGAGCGCGAUGUUAGUGAUAAUCAGUCGGAAGUUAUGGUAACUUUUUCUUUUUUAUCAGGCUCUCAUCGCAAGUUUGGAAAAAUUUGUCAAAAAUUGAAGACAUCGAUAAAUGAACGUGCAAGAAAGCGCGAGUCUCGUAGCAAAUUUACAUCCGAAUCUGAUAUUCUUAUCUCUUCAACAAGCGGUGAGUUCAAAAGAAAUUCAGUUUCAUCAAAUAGAAAAAUAAGUGGCGUCAAAGAGCCCGAAAAAGAACAAUUAACACCGUAUCUCAAUGUCCACGUUGAGCAGAAUAAAUCAUUUAAUAAUGGUAGCUGUAGCUCAAGCUCUGAUGUCGUUAAUAGUAGCAGUCAUUCUUUAGAAAAUGAUAUGGAAAAGCUGUUUGAAGCUGAUUCUCUUAUUGAUAAUGAAAUACCUGCAAAUAUUUUUAAAUCCAGUGUGCUAUAAUUCUAUAUAUCUUUAGUUUUGGAUUUUAAUCCUCCGUUUUAUAAUAUUUGUUAUGUGUCUGCGAAAUGAAGUGCUCUAAGUUUUGUUAGCAAAGUUGUUUCAUGGUUCUCUAUAUUUGCUUAAGUUAUUUCGUGUGGUUCGUUUUUUUCUUAAAUAAAAAUAUAUAAUAUAGAAAUAAAGAAUUUAUUUGAAAAGGAUUUUUUUUUAAUAAAGAAAAAUUUUUUAAAUCAAAUUUUUAAACGUUUAGUUUUGACAGAUUGCCUCAGUCAUUUUUAUUGACUUGAUUAUUAAUAUAUUACUCAAAAACUUA